CAACCCCCAAGGCAGAUCUUUCUACCCACUUCACUUCGUCUCGUCUUGGCCAAGCAUUUCGACCAAAAGCCAAGCUAUUCGUACGCCAGCAGAGAAGAAAAAGACAACACGUACCGCUUCGCUCACACGACCACUUACCCUUUCCUAACCUUUCUCCGAAACCCUGAACUUUACUACCCACGAACCCCAGAAGACAUAAGUACUGCAACACCCGUGAACAGUCACGCGAUCAAGCUCACUCCACGAUCACUCCACCCACGACUUACACCAUUACCCCAUACCAUGGCUGGUGCCGUGGUCUCCAAACGAAGUGCGAGACAGUUCCUCGAAGACGAAGGCGGUCAUCCCGCAGAGCAUCCUACCUACCACCCCGCGAGACGCAACUCCAAGCAAGACGAUCCCGUCCCUGUUGAGAUGGCCGACAAGUACCAAAUCAAGGGCCCUUCGCGGCAAGGAUCGCGCGAGUCCGUAGCUGGCUCCGACUCUACACUAGAAGGUUCUUUACAGAAGCAGAUCAUGAAAGCGAUUGAAGACGAUUCCCAAACGGCCGCCAUUAUUGGAGAGAAGACAUUGGCCAGGCGUGAGGAUGGACUCCUCAAAGUCAACGACCAGGCGAAAUCGCCUCUGGGCCCUACUAUGUCGCCUGAUAUUGAGCGAGUCUUGCCAAUUGAUGGACGACCAAUUAACUUUGGCGUUGUUGUCCCCGGAGUCUAUCGAAGCAGCUAUCCCAAGCCUGAAGACUUUGGCUUCAUCCGCAAUCUUGGUCUCAAAUCAAUUGUUACCCUUGUCCAAAAAGACGACGUCGAUGAGCCUUACACUGCUUUCAUGUCAAGCAACGGUAUUCGUCACCAUGUCUUUAACAUGAAGGGUACCAAGAAGGAGGCCAUUCCCAUUCGCACAAUGAAGUCAAUCUUGCGGCUUGUUCUGAACCGAGAGCACCACCCCCUCCUCAUUCACUGCAACCAUGGCAAGCAUCGCACUGGCUGUGUCGUUGGCGUGGUUCGCAAGGUGACGGGCUGGGAGCUCAACACCAUUGUUGAUGAGUACCGGGCAUACGCUGAGCCCAAGAUCAGAGACUGCGACGUUAAGUAUCUCACCGACUUUGAUCUCUCGGAUCUUUCCAACCUGUUUGUCCACGAAGCGAACAUGCGGUUUCGCAUUCGACACUUUAUGAGAGUGACCCUAUUCACUGUCUUUGUCGUCUUCGUCUGGUUCAUCUCGGGGCAUAGAAUGCAGACGACAGCCAGACGCGUCAAAGAAGUGAAGUAA